AUGCCCGUGCGAGGAGGGCUGCGAGAUAUGUUUUACGAGCAGAGUUGUCCUGAGGCUGAGAAGAUUGUGAAUCAGACCAUUCACAAACAUUUUCAAAUUGAUCCAACCUAUGCUGCUGCUUUUGUUCGCCUCUUUUUCCAUGACUGCUACGUCACCGGUGAGACCUUCUAUUUCAGUCGUUUUGGGUGCGACGCUUCACUUCUCCUCGACAGGACACCGACGGGCGAGGAGGUGGAGAAAAAGGCACGGCACAACGGGCCGCUUGUGCGGGGCUAUGAAGUCAUUGAUGAUAUAAAGACCCAGCUCGAGAAGGCGUGCCCAGGGGUGGUCUCCUGCGCAGACUUACUCGCAUUCGCCACCCGCGAUUCCCUUGUCUACUCGGGCGUGCCCACCUACGCCGUUGAGGCUGGGCGACGCGACGCGCGUGCCUCCCUGGCUGCGAACGUCGAGGGCAACCUCCCACUCCCGGACGCCACAGCCGAGGACAACAUCCGCCUCUUCCAGAGGAAGGGGAUGACGCUGGAGGAGCUGAUUGUCCUUAUGGGCGCGCACUCCAUCGGCAGCGCCCACUGCAGCGUCGUCGCAGGGAGGUUCCACAACAAGCAGAAGGCGAAGGACAUCGACAGAGGGUACUGGCUCAAGAUGCAGACAAUGACAGUCUGCCAGAGCGAGGACCAGGAUGUGCCAUUCGAUCCCUACUCUCACCACAAGAUGGACUCGCGCUUCUACAAGGAGCUGCUAACCAACAAGGCGUUGAUCGAGUCGGAUCACAAUCUGGCGAAGGAUCCACGGGGGAACGCUGUGAUGAAGAAGUUUGUAAACGAUCAGGCUGUGUGGAUUGCGAAGUUCACCAAUGCGAUGAAGAGGCUUGGGGAGACGGAGGUGCUCGUGGGAGAUCAAGGAGAGGUCAGGAAGCAGUGCAGGGCAGUAAACUAG